AUGCGGUAUUGGAUUCUAAACGAUCAAAAAGUGAUUCGAAGCGAAAUCCAUCGUUGUCUGACAUGUGUGAAAUAUGUGAAUAUACGAACUUAUAUUCCUGCCGUUCGUGUCAUCCCCAACCGGCCUUUUUUGCAUUGCGGAGUAGAUUACGCAGGUCCAUUCAGGACACGGAUGUCCAAAGGCUGGUCUAAUGCUAUUCUAAAAGGGUACGUUUGCGUUUUCGUAUGCAUGGUGACCAAGGCUGUGCAUUUGGAACUAGUAAGCGACUUGUCCACCGAAGCCUUCCUGGCAGCUUUCAAAAGAUUCACCGCCAGCCUUUACUUCAAGAUCUACAGCGAUCACGGUACUAAUUUCGUAGAAGCAAGCAACCACUUGGACAAGGAGAUGCAGCAGGCGAUAGAUGUGGUAUCAAAAAAGGUCGCAGCUAUAUCCGCGAAAGAUGGUAUAAUUUGGAAAUUUCUUCCUGUAGCUACACCUCAUUUCGGCGGUCUCUGUGAGGUCGCAGUGAAGUCAGCUAAACAAUAUCUGAAGUGCGUGCUCGACGAAGCAAAAAUUAUAUCAGCAUUCGAAGAAUUUCCGACCGUCUUGUGCCAGGCUGAGGCUUGCCUGAACUCAAGACCUCUUGUUCCAAUCUCGAAUAAUCCGGACGAUCUCGAAGCUUUGACUCCAAGUCAUUUUUUGGUGCAACGGGCAUUGGCAGCAGUUGUUGAAGUUGAUAGGACUCAACGGAGUCUGUACGAGUGGUGGCAGCAAUUGAAGGCGAUACAUCAGACGUUUUGGCAGAGGUGGACUCGAGAAUAUCCAUGUCGUUUACGGACCAGAACAAAAUGGAUUGAUGUGGCUCCGAAUGUAAUGACCGGACAGCUGGUUCUUCUACUAGAACGCGAUACUCUGCUGACAAAGUAG